UGUUAGUACAUGAUAGGAGUAUUGAAUUAAUCAUCUCAAAAUGCAGGCAGCACUGUGCUUUACACCACCAUAUAUUCCCCUAUGCAGGCAGCAUGUGCUUUAGCCUUUACACCACCAUAUAUUCCCCUAGUAACACCAUCCAAGACCUUAUCAACGUCACCUUUGAGAUUUAUUUCUACUCUCAAAGCUCACACAUGUCCUCCGAUCAAAGCAGCUACAGUUUCAUAUGACACUUCCACUGCUGACUACAGCUCCAUGACCUCAGUCUUUCCUGCUGAAGCUUGUGAGAUAAUAGGAGGAGAAGCUUGUGAUGUUGAAAUGUAUCCUGAAAGCAAACUCAAAUCAUCACCCACAAGCACCCGACGAACCACUACUUUGGAGAGUGUAGACAGAGAAUAUCUUGCCUACAAUGAGCCUAAGACUGUAUUCUUAGGAGAAGCUUGUGAUGAUCUAGGAAGAGAAUUCUGUGAAGCCGAGUAUCAAACUGGAGUUUACUAAGAUCAGCUCGUUAAUUAUUCAUAUCGAUAUGUAGAUAAUAACCUGUGUAUUUAUGCUAUCUAAAUCAUUACUUCUACUUAUUAACAA